UUUGCACCUGCCAUUUUUUUUCCAGAGUAAUGGGAGCCUCAUCUGAAACCACUGGCACGAGGGUGCAUUAAAACAGGCUACCCUAACCUGCGAAGCCACCCUCACCCUCUUCGUCUCGAUGAAUCUUCCAUAAUUGAUUAUUUUUGAAAAAUUCUUAAAUUGUCUCCUGGAAGAAGGAAAAAAGACAGGCAAAGAAAGAUAUACUCGAGAAGUCAAAGUGUGCGACGAGGAAAGACAACGGUGCUGCCAGUAAGAAGGAGAAAGAGGAAUAAGGAUAGAAAUAGAAGAAGGUGAAAGUAAAAGAGAGACGGACAGAGGGUGGGUGGUGGGGGGCUCUCAGGUUAAGAGUGAGGGAGACAGAGGAGGUCGAAGGGAGUCGAGCGAGGAGAAUGACGGAUAGUCAGCAGCAGUUUUGCUUGCGUUGGAACAACUUUCAAGCUAAUAUCACCAGCCAAUUCGAAGCCCUCAGGGAUGACGAAGACUUUGUUGAUGUCACCUUCGCCUGCGAUGGUAGGCGUCUGCAGGCGCACAAGGUUGUCCUCUCCGCGUGCAGCCCUUACUUCAAGGAGUUGUUCAAGACAAAUCCAUGCAAGCAUCCAAUAAUAUUUAUGAGAGAUGUGGAGUUUGAACACCUACAGUCACUUUUGGAGUUUAUGUAUGCUGGGGAAGUUAACAUAUCUCAAGCUGAAUUGCCUACAUUUCUACGAACUGCUGAGUCUCUGCAAAUCCGUGGCCUCACCGACUCUCAAAAUAUUCAGCACAACAACGAAAAGCAUUUGAAAACAAAUAACAUACAUGCAUCAAAUGGACGUGGGCUAAUCUCACCAAGUUUGGAGGAGGACCAUAGCAAAACUCCACCAGCCUCAAGUCCUCCACCAUUGAAAAGGCUGUGCAAACGAAGUGAUUCGCCUCAGAUAUCUAGUCCAGUACCAGCUGCAGUGGCCUGUGCACCUGGAACGCCACGCACACGGCCACUAAUUGAGCCACAGGUUCAACUCGACUGUUACAAAGAUCUCGAUAUUGUUGAGCCAAAAAUAGAAUUACCAGAGUAUGGAAGCGACGAUGAUUGUUCUCCAAAGCAGGAGGUCAACACACUGCCAAGUGGUUUCCUCAGCCUUGAUGGUGGCAUGGAGGUUUUGCCAUCUUAUCCACCUUCUUAUCAAGGGAGUGGAACAGGUGGGGGAGGAGGAGGUGGUGGCGGCGGGAGUGGUGGACCAUUAGAAGGAGGACUACCAGGACCAUCUCAUGCCAGCAGUACGGAGUUAAAUCAAGAGCAACAAGGUCGGAGGGUACGUCGCGGCAGGCCGCGACUGGGCACGAGAGGUGGAAAGCAUGGAUCCCCAUCUGUGCAGGGUAACUCACCCUCUAGGAGUGAAUGGCUACCCUUGGAUAUGAGGACUACACCUCCCGCUGCGAUGUCUGCUUUUCGUGGUUUCGAGGAAGCCUCCUCUGAUGGCGUGGUGCACUUGGGAGAGGGGAUUGCAGUUUGCGAGGAGCAACUGAGGGCUGUGAAAUGGAGCGAUUACAGAAAAUUGACUCGAGGUCUAGCGGCAAUUUUGUUCAGUCCCACCGAGUUAGCCACCUGCUCGGUUACAGGGCAACGAUGGAGCCGCGCUGGAACUGCCACCGAGAGACCGGUGAAACCUGCGCUAGAUAAGGCCAAAGUGCAGGCCAUCAUAUCCUACGUGACAUCGAGGUUUCCAACAGUGGACGUGAGCAGCGUGAAGCAAGUGUUGGCUUACAAGUGCAAGGAGAAUUCGACGGCCCUCAAGAUGAAAUCUAUUAGAUACAUUUGUGAGAGGCAGGAAACAGAGAGAUCACCGAGAGCAAAUCAGGAGGAUAAGUGAGAGGUGAUGGGGGUGC